GUUAAACCUGACAUCAACAGAACAAAGCGCUUGAAUCCUCCUGGUGCAACGGGAUACGCGGCCACAAUUUAAACAUUGCUCGUUCUUAUAGCGCAAACAGUCAUAUUUUCUGUUAAAGUAGUUGCAGGCUUCAGUGACAGAAACUUCUGGAUCGCUCCGGUGAGCUGUAGAUGCCGCAGGCAGUCAGCGGGCGUCAUCGUUUUUCUGUUGUUGUGACGGCGCAAACCGGUGAAGCCACCAAUGAGUCAGCAGCUGAUCGGGGUUAAUUUUACCUAACGAACCCAUAUAUAUCGACAACAGCCCUGGUGGAAACAUCUGUGUUUUUCCGAAGUUUUCAGAGGUAACAAUGGCAGUUCCUGUAGCUGCAUUACAGCUGAGCACAUCAUCCAGCCCGGUUCUGCUGGAGCACAACAUUCACAUCAGCGACAGAGAUUUGGGAAGGAGUUCAAGCGACAAUGAAAAUGACACUCUGCCUUUACAUUCUCCGUGGACUUUCUGGCUUGAUAGAUCUCUACCAGGAACAACAGCAGCUGAAUGUGAGUCAAACCUGAAGAAAAUCUACACUGUGGAGACCGUCCAGAACUUUUGGAGAGUUUACAACAACAUACCCGGCGUCUCCAGCUUGCCACUGCGAUGUAGCUAUCACCUAAUGAGAGGUGAAAGAAAACCGCUCUGGGAAGAAGAAAGCAAUGCUAAAGGCGGGGUUUGGAAAAUGAAAGUACCCAAAGAAUGCACUUCUGUUGUGUGGAAGGAGCUGCUGUUGGCUACUAUUGGAGAACAGUUCAGUGAUUAUUGUGCCUCAGACGACGAAGUUGUCGGCGUCAGCGUCAGUGUAAGAGACAGAGAAGACGUCUUUCAGGUCUGGAAUGGAAAUGCUUCGUGUGCUAACGAGUCAAACAUCCUCGGAAGGAUCCAUGAGCUCCUUCCACAAAUACCUUUCAAAGCGGUGUUUUACAAACCACACGAGGAGCACCAUGCUUUUGAAGGAGGUCGAUCUAGACAUUAGAACCCCUCAGAUAUACAUGUUUUUUGGCUUAUGAGCGUGUUUCGAAUCACAUUUUGGGCACAUUUUGGAGCAUUUUGCUUAAUGUGUCAUCUUAAUUACCUCAAAAUGUAGCCCGUGUAUUAUGACUCUCAUAGAUGGAAUUUCCCAUCUUCUGAGCACUACUUUCAUUCACAACAGCAUACAAAACACUUUUAUUUCAGUUGAAAGGAAAAAAAACAUUUUGCUUUACUUUAUCUAUGGCAGUGUUUGUAUGUUUUUAUACUGCAAAAUUUUGCAUAACCAAAAAUUGGAGAUGAUGUAGUCAGAUUUUUUUAGAUGUAUUAUAGCAUAUUUUGUGCAGUUUCCUGAGCACAAAGCUUGGUCUAAAUCUCAUUUUUGGAUCUAAGAGGAGGCCUAGUUCCACAAACCUUUAUCAUAACCAUACAUUACAAGGCUUUUCUAGUCAGCUCUUCUCUGAGUUUUGUAUGUUCCAGCCAAAAUACUGUUGCCUAUACUGCAGGAUAUAAAAGUGUAGUAUGCUGUAAUGCUAAUAAGAGCAGAAAAUUGCACAUUCUUGUUUUUACUUUCUCCUUUGAGAUAUGAGCGCAUUGUGAAAGGAAUAUGUUCUUGUUACGAUAACAUGACCUCAGUACACAAAACAUGAUGAGUAGGUGCUGAGAAAUAUAUGCAAUCAUUUCUAGUCUGUAGAAUCUGCAGCAUUGUGGUUGUCAUUUUGUUUAAGCAUCUGUCCGAAAUCAAGCACUUUGUUUCUUACUGUGUGUGGAAGACACCAGACUGUCCCUCCAGGAUUAUAUGGAGUUGUGAUAACUGAGACCAAAUCCACUUUGGUUUUGUGUCACCUUUUCUGAUGAAGUCUAAAGCUGUUCUCAAUGAUUCUGUUUUGGGUUUGUUUUUUUUCUGCUUGUAAUGGUAACUUAGGAGUGUAGAUGUGUUGAAAUUGUAUGUUUUUUUAAUGUAGUCAUAUGACCUGUGUUGAAAUGAUGUGGCCCCAGAAAAAAAUGAUGAACAAUAAAUGCACAACACAUGUUGAUGUUGAAAUGUAAGACCAGAAGGGACCCCAAAAAACGAUGCUGCUCUAAAACUGGCUUUUCCUUGAGGGGCUACAUUUGGGCCUGUUUUAGUGCAUUUGUACAAAUCUUGGGUUUUUGUUGAUGUGCUGCAACCACUGCAGCAGGAUCAAAUCUGUAUGAAACAAGGUAAUCAGAGGUGGUUUACUACUGCUGCACCAGUGUCAGCAUCUCUCAAAAUCCAUAGCGUUUUUUUUUUUUCUGUGGUCUCAUGAUUUAUUAUCUCUAUUUGUAUAGCUGAAAAUCAUAAUCAUAUUAGGAAAAUGUUGAAAUGUAGGAAGUUGAACCAUUAAUGCACCUUUUCCUGUGUGUUUGUGUGUGACGGAGUGCAUGAGCGAGGAAGUGAGAUUGACUGAGUACUACCAUAAUACUUAGACAAUUGAGGAUAUUUCUAUGUAGCUAUGGAGCAUGCAUUGAAAGACUGCUGCUAUGAUCAAGUUAACUGUUUCUGCUAAGGAGAGGAGGAGGAGGUAGUUUUCAGAAUACCGACUUUGCCAAACUUGCUUUAAUGUCCCUUUAUUCUUCCGUUGUUCGUGUAAUAAUGUUAAAAGCACAUACUGUAGGAUAAGAGAAUUACAAUACUGUACAAUUGCACAUACACAGCUGACCGCUCUCUUCAGAUCUCAGACCUUGUAACUGAUUGUUGAUCUUGGAUGGUGCCUUGUGUUUACCAGCAGUUUAGAAUGUCAUCUGUGUUCAGCAUGUUGAACUUGUACAUACUCAUGUUUGUGUGUUAGUUUUACACAUGUUUGAGAAAUAAAGAUGCCUAAACUUUCA